AGUUGGUGCCAUCAUGAGUGGGGGAGUGAAUGUGAAGAGUCUUCCACGAGCCCAGCCGGGCUCCGGCAUACCUAUGCACAGGACCAGACUCCCCUCCCCGAAACCUGAGCCCAAGUGCACCAGCAGUGGCCUUCCGAGACCAUCCACACACAUCCCUGUUAGCAACAAAAGCCCCUGCAGUAGCAGCCCUACAGCUGUCUCCACCAAAGAUGUAUUGAGGGACACCACCCUCAGAAACCAGCAUCUGCUUCUAAGAGGCAGUCCACCUAUUCAACGUUCUUCCACCAGUUCUCAAACACAGACCCAAGACUCUAGAUCAGCCCAUAACAGUCCACAAGUUCGACGGAAAGUGUCCCCACUUUCAAGGGGUCAUCUGGAUGGGUCUAAGACAGAAAGUAUGCUUGACCUUCAGUCCAAUGGCAACAAGAACUUCCAGAGUGGGAUCUUUUGUUCUCAGACAGGACGAAUGGACAAUGGUAACAGAUUGAUCUCAGAAGAACUCAAGUGCCAUGAGGAGAGGGCUGCUUCUGGAAGCAGUCAAAGCAAGACGGGUAUCCCUUCGUUCAGAUUUAGUAACAAAAACUUGAGGCCUGGUCCCGCAGCCACUAACGUUGAUACAAGUCUUCUCAGAGUCCAUAGGGAGAGAGUGUCCCUGCAGAACAGUGCCUCCAGUAGCUUCUCAGAUGAGGAGAUGUGCACCCCAGAUGACCUCAGCCCGGAGGUCCCACAGAGAUCACCGCCUGAGGCUAUUGCAGUCCCUAAACACGACGCCUCUAGUGUUGAACUGCUCAAAGCCAAACAGACACCGAAGGUCAAUAUGGCGGCCGUGGCACCUUUCAGAUACAGGCGGCAGAUUGAGGAAGACAUAUCUCUGGAUGACUUGAGCGACUGUUCCUCUGACUCAAUAGAAGUCUGCUGUGAUGACCUCAAUACUGGAGGAAUGCUUGGGGGUAGCCCAAGAGGACAAGGAGUAGAUCUGGAGACUGAGGCUGACAAAACCUCCAAAGCCAAGACCCCUCAGGGCCAGGCGGGUGCCAAAGGAGUUGGGGGCAUGGCUGCGAAAAGGGGCAAGUCAGGGCUCCCACAGGCUACUCCUCGGGCUGAGCUAAAGGUCUACCGAGCAGGAAACUCUGAGGGUCGUCUUCCAGUUCCUUGCAACCUGCGCAAACAAAAGUCCUUGACCAAUCUAUGCGUGCUUACGGACGCUGAGAAGAAGAUGCACCUGUACCAGCCCAAGUGGUCGGAUGACAUGGAAAAGCCUGGGGCAGGUCAGAACAAGUCAGGCAAGCUCAAAGAUGCCGGAGGGGGUACUGGCAAGGGUAUCCCUCUUUCCAAAAACCUUUCCAAGUCGGAACAUUCACUGUUUCUAGGAAAGCCCAAACCCUUUAUCCCACCUUCCAAGCUGGGGAAACCUAGUCGGAUACCUAAGGGUCCUUAUGCUGAGGUCAAACCCAUCAGCAAAGCUCAAGAGCUGGCAGAUGAUAGCAAGUCGGAUGAUGAGAUCUUGUCCAGCAAGGCUAAGGCUAAUGGUAAGAAAUCUGUAAAUGGCACCUCGGGAGCAGCCACACCAGGUGGAGGUGGAGGGGGCAAAGAUGCACCAGAACCAGAGGAAGGAGACAAGACCUUCCUAAAGGUGGACCCUGAACUGGUUGUAACGGUACUUGGGGACCUGGAGCAGCUUCUCUUCAGUCAGAUGUUGGAUCCUGAGUCCCAGAGGAAACGCACCGUUCAGAAUGUCCUCGACCUCCGGCAGAACCUGGAAGAUACCAUGACCAGCUUACGGGGGUCGCAGCUCAGCCACAG